AUGGAUACAAACGCAAAAGUGAUCAAGCAAGAAUCGGCCAAGAAUCGGAACCAUAAAGGACUCUUAUUUUCUGUUGAUGAUGCUAAAAAGUUGACGCUUGCUGAUUCGACUUUCGAUGUUGUACUCGAUAAAGGAACUCUCGCUGCAAUGUUUCCGUCGCCGCAACCCGCUGAUGAACAAAAAGAAAUGCUUUCAAAAAUGUUUUCUAAAGUUGCACGAGUACUGAAGCCAAUGGGACGAUAUCUUAUUGUGACACUUGCACAAGAGCACAUUCUUGAUUUUUGGCUAAAAGAAUUAAGUGAAAUAUGUAUUUUGAAAGUUCACAAAGAGGCCAAAAAUUUGCCAAAUGACGUCCAAUCGUUGGCACACCGAAUUGUUCGUCGUCUUAUGAAAGGAGAAACGAUGGCAUCAUUCAGUGAUGAUGAGAUCUACGUGAUCCUCGAGGCAGUUCGUCGUGUUCUUUUGUGUCAAUCAGCAUUCAUCGAGAUGACCGCUCCAUUAGUCAUUUUUGGGGAUAUCCAUGGCCAAUUCCAGGAUCUUCUUCGCUUCUUUAAGGUUGUCGGCUCACCACCAAAAACAAAGUGUCUCUUUCUCGGAGACUACGUCGAUCGUUGUGGAAAAUCUUUGGAGGUGAUCAUGCUACUUCUUUCAUUAAAGCUCCUUUAUCCGUCGAAAAUUGAAUUGUUGCGAGGGAAUCACGAGUGUGCAAAGAUCAAUCGCUCUUAUGGUUUUUACGAGGAAUUAAGAAGGAAAAGAACGGUGUUUAAUGAGCUUCCGCUAUGUGCAUUGGUCAGCAAGCGAAUUUUUUGUAUGCAUGGUGGAAUCUCGCCUCAUAUCACUUCAUGGGAUAUAGUUCGACAACUUAAGAAACCUCAAACCGUGAAAGAAUGUGACGAGGGAAUUGCUCUUGAUUUGAUGUGGGCCGAUCCAACUCAAGAUACGUGUGGAUUCGUUCCCAAUAUGUUCCGAUCGGUGUCCUACUUGUUUGGUGAUGAUGCUGUGAAACAAUUCUGUGCUAAACUUAACGUCGAUAUGAUUGUUCGAGCACACGAACUUGUUAUGGAUGGCCAUGCAAUUCAGGCUGAUGGUCAACUUUGUACGAUUUUCACAGCACCUAACUAUUGUGGAACGGAUCGGAACUCUGGAUCGGUUAUGCGUGUCACUAAAACUUUGCAAGUCAGUUUCGAAACAAUGCGACCAAAGACGAUUCUCCCUAAUACUUUGGACAAACGCCGAAAAGCUCUACUCGAAAAAUUAACGCGCUCGGACCCAACCGCUAAAAGCCCCAUGCCACAACAUAAAGGUGCUACUGAGAAGCUCUUAUUAACCCAAGGCAACUCG